CCAAAACAUCGGAGGGCGCCAUAUUUUGGAUUGUUAUUACUCUUAAUUUUAUGACGGCAGAUGAUGACAGCCUUCUCGUAGUACACAAUAACCUAACGCGAAACCGGACUUUAAAUUCCAACAUGGACUUCCUUGCUGAAAUGGAGCAGGAGCCGUUUAAUCCGAAUGAAUUCGUUGAACGUCUCGCCUGGAUGACCAUGGGCGUUUCAAAUUUGUCGUCCAACAAUGACGAUUCGUUUUCUGCAACAGGCCUCCUGAACAAUUUCGAAGAAACAAUUAAGCACCUUCAAGUUCUCCAAGUUCGUGUUCAAGGAAAAUGUGAAAAACUUGAAAAUUCCUGCAGAGAUGAGGAAAACAGACAUUGGCAGAAAAUGGCAAAGCUGGAAGAAAAAAAUAAGGCUGCUGUAGAAGCAUUCCAUGAACUAGAUUCAAGAAUAAAUAGUGUUGCAACUAAAGUUGUUUAUCUUGGAGAUCAGUUAGAAAACGUCAACACCCCUAGAUCCCGUGCAGUCGAAGCUCAGAAACUGUUAACACAUUUCAAUGGAUUUAUUAAACCUGGAGGACCAUUUUCUCCUGUUUUCACUGAAAAAGAGCAGUUAUUUGAAGCAGCAGACAUUAUUCAAAAAUUGCAAUUAGUUGCACAAGAAUUGCCUUCUGCAAAAUUUAGUAGUGCCCAAAAACAGAUUGCUCAAAAGUAUGACGAAAUUGAGCGAUCACUGAUUGAGGAGUUUGCCAAGGCUCAGGUCAAGGGUGACCGUGCACAGAUGAAGCAUAUCGCGUCGAUUUUAAGCCACUUUAAGGGCUAUUCCCAAUGCAUUGAUGCAUUUAUUGAACAAAGUCAAGCGGGUGCAUUUUCUAGUGGUGAUGUGUUUUUAGAUGUCGUCCCCCUAUGCGAGCGUAAUGCCCGAGAAAUGAAAGAAGUCUUUCAUAAUCCUGAGCAAGUGAUGGGGAAGUUCAUCCUCAACAUAUUCUAUGGAAAACUGCAGGGAACCAUAAGUAGUAGUCUAUCAGAUCGAUCCAGACCAGAUGCUUAUUUAAAACGACUUCAUGAAUUAUAUUCUAGAACAACAAAAUUAUCUAUUGAUUUGGCACGAUAUGACACUGGAAACGACCACACAUUCCUAUCAAAACUUGUUAAGAAUAUCUUUCAACGUUAUUUGGAAUCUUAUAUAAGUUUGGAAAUUCGUAACCUGAAGGAAAGAAGUGCUUCCACUCUCAAGAAGUUCUAUGAAUACAAGAACCACCAAAAAAAACCUAUCAACGCUGGAGGGAUUCAGGAACUGAGACGCGAUUUACAGGCAGUCAUCGUAGCCAAAACCGGUGCUGUUUGGGAAACUCACGGUGGUGAAACAUUCCUUUCCGAACAAAUCGCUGUUGGCCUAUUGGAUGAAACUAAGCAAGCCUUGAUUCGAUGCCAUUCAUUGUCACGAUCAUCCGAGUGCGCUGCCAAUGCCGUUCAGAUCUUGGACGUCUUGUUCCAGUUUCUCAUUGACGAGUUCGUAGACUAUGCUCUCGAAGUUGGCCUUCAGGCUAUCCCUCCAGGAGAAAGUAAAGUACAACCAGAACUACAUUUUUUCGGAGUCGUCCGUGAAGUAAACGCCAUCAUUCACCUGAUGGAUAAACUUUUUCAUGAUAGCAUUAUCCCGUUAGUUGUGUCAACCCCGAAACAUGGUGAAUGCCUGCAAAGAAAGAAAACCAUCUCAGAGCAGCUCGAAAAUAAAUUAGAAAUUGGCAUUGACCGCUCCUUGUCCGCCAUCGUAGGUUACGUCAAAGUCACUCUUCAGUCAGAGCAAAAGAAAGGAGACUUCAAGCCUGAAGGGGACGAGGCCGUCAUUGCAUCUUCGGCGUGCAUCAAAGUCUGUCGAUUUGUGUCUGUGCAAACUGAGCGAAUUAGAACGUCUCUAGAUGGCAAGAACCAAGAAGCUGUCCUAAGUGAAUUGGGAGUGCGAUUUCAUCGCGUAAUCUACGAACACUUUUAUCAGUUCCAAUACAAUUCCAUGGGUGCCCUGUGCGCAAUUUGCGACGUAAAUGAGUACAAGAAAUGCGUGCUAGAAUUCAAAGUUCCUAUGGUUACCGCAUUGUUCGAUACCCUUCAUGCAUUAUGCAACCUGCUAUUGGUUCUACCUGAAAACUUGAAACAGGUUUGCACUGGGGAUCAACUGGCUACUCUUGAUCGAUCAAUCCUCUCAAACUUUAUUCAACUGCGAGCAGAUUUUAAAACGGCUCGAUUGGGUAAUUAUUUAAAAACAUUGUCUGAUGAUAAAUAAAAGUUGUAAGUUUGGUAUUCAUCCACAGCAACAUAAUAUUUGUUUA